AUGCAGCUGUGUUGUGAAUCCGUAAAUAACUCUUGCACCAAAAGCACCUGGUCAGACAGCAUCCGCGUUUCCAUGUAUGUCAUCAUGGCUUUCAUUAUUCUUGCUACAGUGGUUGGAAAUCUGGCAGUUAUCAUCUCCAUAGCACACUUCAAGCAGCUCCAUAUGCCUACCAAUUUCCUGAUACUUUCCAUGGCUACCGUUGACUUUUUGCUGGGUUUCUUCAUCAUGCCGUACAGCAUGAUGCGCUCUGUUGAGCACUGCUGGUAUUUUGGGAAGUUCUUUUGCAAGAUCCACACAAGCAUAGAUAUAAUGCUGAGCACAGCCUCCAUCUUCCACCUCUCCUUCAUAUCUGUUGAUCGUUACUAUGCUGUUUGUGAUCCUCUAAGAUAUAAAUCAAAGAUAAAUAAUUUUGUCAUCCUGGUCAUGAUAUUCGUAAGUUGGACUGUUCCUGCAGCUUUUGCUUUUGGGAUGAUCUUUCUAGAGCUGAACUUGAGAGGGGCAGAAGAGGUUUAUAAUCAUAUCCAUUGUACAGGAGGAUGCUUUGUUUUUUUUAGUGAAACUUCAGGUGUUGUGGCCUCUGUGGUGUCUUUUUACAUCCCUGGAUUUGUUAUGCUGUACGUCUAUAGGAAAAUAUACUCUAUAGCCAAGAGACAAGCAAAAUCCAUCGAUGCCAUUAGCCAAAAAAGGAUCCAAUUUGAAACGAAGCACCACAUUUCAAGCAGCAGAGAGAGGAAAGCUACGAAGACACUGGGCAUAGUGAUGGGAGUGUUUCUUAUAUGCUGGAGUCCAUUCUUCUUCUUUACAGCAAUCAAUCCAUUUAUUAACUACAUAAUACCUCCUAUUCUCAUUGAUGCUUUGGUUUGGUUUGGUUACUUAAAUUCUACAUUUAAUCCAAUUAUUUAUGCAUUUUUUUACAUUUGUUUUCGCAGGGCAUUAAAGAUAGUUCUGUUUGGAAAAGUUUUUAAACAAGACUCUUCCAGGACUCAAUUAUUUCCAGAAUAA